AUGUCGUCAGCAAUUGCGGAGAGACUUACCAAGGUUCUAAUCGCACAGUACUUGAGCAAAAAGAAUUACGAUGGUACGUUGCAGCAUUUUUUAAAAGAGGCGGGCCUAGGGAGAUCAGUUUUGGAGUUGGGACGUGAGGUUUUUGAAGAUAUCGAGACAAUUGUGAGCGAAAGGAUUGAGUUUAACGAACACCAAAUAACCGCCAGGCUGGCACAGACGUCCCUCAACGACUCCAUUGAUGCGGUGGGACAGAGGUUCUACCUUCCUUCUUGGGACCAUACUCUGCAACUCCAGGCCCUUCAGUUUUCGCUCAGACCCAGGGCCCUGGCGGUCGACCUGCAGCUGAGCGAAGACUCCCGUUUGACUAUCAGCACUGCAGACAAACAUGUGUAUUUCUAUAACGGCGACCAAGAUUUGCAACGCGAAAUGACUUUGAAAAGUGGUGUGGUGAGAAGAUGUGGGGCUCUUCCCAACAGAGCGGCUACGUUGUACUAUUACACCUGUGGGAUGGACGGUACUUUAACAAUCUACAAUGAUGCUUUUCAGGUCCGCUUACAGCACAAGAUUCAUUCCCGAAUUGUGAAAAACAUUGAAUUUUUCCAAAUGGGCCCAAAACCGCAGUACUUGUGUUUUAGCGUUGGUCUCGACAAUUACCUCAAGGUUCAUUUUAUCGAUAUUGAGAGCUUCGAAGUAUCCUUCCAAGAUGAGAGAAAAUUCCAAUCUGCAUGCACGUCGUUCCAGCUUGCCAAAAAUGUCGAGCAGCAACCGGUGCUGCUUUUCACUCAACAAGACCACUCCUUGCUCUAUGCAGUAGUGUGGCAUGAGGGAGCUCUCGUCGAAUAUUGCAAAUUGGCACUGAACAGCGCCAAGUUCAGUUCACACGCGUUCAACGUAUUGUCUUCGUGUCUCUUGGACCUCAAACCACCUACGGAUAACAGCUCCAAUGCUAGCAACCAUCAUUUAGUUACACUACAGGAAGGCUCCAUCGUGGCAAUAGCCACCUCGCAUACUCCUUACAUGCGACUCGUUCUGCUAGAGGUGCCCGAAAUUUCGAUUACUGACUUCCAAACUGGCUCAGGUACGAAGAUACACUACGAUAAGAUAAUUCGCAAUAUAGCGACCAGUGUACCACAGGAUUCUUUUUCACAGUCCAUAAUCAAAUCCUGUCACCGAUCCAGAGGGGUUCUGGUUGGUAGCGAUUCGGGAAUUUAUGCAAUCGAUGUAUCGAACUGUGACUCUUGGCCCCUGUUGAAAAACACGCAGAGGGUCAAGGCUCUCGACAGCUUACACGAUCGAAUAGCCGUUGGAUUCGCUGAUAGAACUAUCGAGCUUUUACAAUGGUAUCCGAGCACCUAA